AUGCAAAACCUUGAUUCAGCACUGACGGGCGCCGCUACGGUGAUCCUCGGCGCCGUUACACUAUGCCUGGCGUUACGCUAUGCGUCUGGCAGGAAGCUUCAUCCCAGUGAACCUACUGUUGUUCCACCGUGGAUUCCGUUUAUUGGGCAUCUGCUUGGUAUGGCCUUGCAUGGGGGGAGGUAUAUAAAACGUCUUGGGCUGUCUCGUCCUAAGGAGCCGAUUUUUACUCUCCCAGUACCGGGUUCACGUAUCUACGUAGUUACGGACCCAUCCCUUGCGGCAGCCAUACAACGCAACUCCAAGGUACUGUCAUUCACACCUUUGAUCCCCGACAUCACAAAGCGUGUUCUUGGCCUCGACGAUGGCACCGUCGAGGUAGUUCGGCAGAAUCUUGACCCAGAGCCUGGCGACCCUCGCGGGUUCCUCGCCGACAUGCAUGAUGUAGUUUAUGCCUCCCUUGGUCCGGGCCAUUACCUCAACUCCCUCAGCUGCGAAGCCUCCCAGGAGCUGUGUCUGCAGCUCUGCGAGCUGAAAGACAACCUUCAAAGCGGCCCGCUCCCCGGUGGCAAAACAGACCUUCUCUCCUUGGUUCGCCACAUUGUGAGCACGGGCACGGCUCGCUAUCUGUUCGGGGAAGUCAACCCCAUCUCAGGGGAUCCUGAGCUCGAGCAAGCUUUCUGGGAUUUCGACGAGGGUGUAGGCGAGCUUCUGAUUGGCAUUUUCCCAUCCAUCACAGCGUCACAAGCGUACCGUGGCAGGGAAAAGAUCGUCGCUGCUUUUAUUAACUACCUGGAAAGUAAUCACGAUGUUGGGGCUGCUCAAAUUGUCCGCGACCGUAUUAGGGUGGAACGAGAAUGGGAAAUGAGUCCAGAAACCAUUGCUCGGUCGGCACUGUCGUUUCUCUUUGCCGGCAUAGUCAACACUACGACUACUACGUUCUGGGUAGUUUUGCGAUUGUUCGCCGACCCCCAGCUUCUUGCAAGCGUACGUGAAGAACUUAGAGCUGCUCUUGCAGCAAGCGAGGAGAAGAUUGGCCACGACACGCUCAGCAUUACUAUCGUCCGCGAUAGGUGCCCUACUUUGUCGGCUGUAUUCAGAGAAAGUCUUCGAAUCGGCUCGGAGAACUUUUCAGUCAGACUCAUCAAAGAGGACACCAUGCUAGCGGAGAAGUAUUUUCUCAAAAAAGGUGCCAUUGUGCAGAUUUCUGGUGGAGUCAUUCAUUCCGACAAGUCAAUCUGGGGCGACGACGUGGACGAGUUCAACCCUAGCAGAUUCCUGGGCGCAAAGACAAGGUCUGGAGGGUUCCAUCCUGCUGCCUUUCGUGGGUUCGGUGGCGGUAAGACUCUCUGCCCAGGCCGACACUUUGCUAUUAACGAGAUUCUGCUCUUGGCCGCCAUGAUCGUCCUCGCCUUUGACAUGGGAUCUCCAGAUGGUGGCCCGGUUUUAACAAAUGUUGCCGGCUUCUCUUGGAAUGCGCAUAAGGCGCUGCACCCGCAUCGGCCGCCGUGCGAUGGCCGUGCAGACGAAGCAAAUGCGAUCCCGUUGCCCAGCAAUCGACUACAUUCGGAUAAUCUCUAUACUACUGCACUAAAAGAACUUGGGAGUCUCGAAACGCAACCUCUCUGUCAUCGAAUCGCAGCUCGACUUCUCGUCAACAACUGCCACUUGCUCCACGGCCAAGACGAGACGGCCGAGCUUGCCGACACUGGACGACUGACCCGGGACUUUAUCGACUCAUAUGCUGCUAGCUUGGCUAUUUGCGAUUUGGAGAGGGGCAGUUUUGCCAUUCCACGAGAAUGCUCAAAGUUUCGCGAGCCAGCUCUUUCCAAGGUCGAGGUUGCCAAGACUCCGCAUCUGCACGUUUCCACGGUCGAAAUCGACAAAUGCCUGGAGGGUUUGGCCCAAUCCGACUCGUCUUGGACUACUUGGAUUAGCUAUAGGCACAAGGCUGUGCGCUUCUGCGAGAUUGCAAAGUCUGACAAUGAGAAGGACUCGACGAUACAUUUGUACAAAAAGGUUACUGAGAUAAUAAAGAGAUUCUCAGAAAAGGUAGAAGUGCAAGUCGAGGAACAGCUGCGCCGAGUCGAUCAUCUUAUGCGAAAAACGACUGAGGCAACCGAUUCUCUGCUUCCGCGGACAGAGUCGCUCAAGUCACAGCUCAAGGGUCUGGAUCGCUUGAUCAAUGAGAAGCUAAUGGCAGUUUCAAAACAAUCAGCUUUGGAAGUGCAAUCUGGGCUCCAAGAUGCGACGCAGCUACACGACGUUGUCAAUAUCUUGCUUGAAUCUAUCCGCAAAAACCAAGUGCAGAUAGUUAUGGAGCAUAAUAAUGCUUUGCAAACUGUUCGAAGAGACACAUUCGACGGAGUCGAGACUAUGAUGGCGACGAUUGCCACUGCUGCCUCCUCCUCAGUCCGGCUUCAGAGCCAACUUGAAGAGACCGAGCUACGGGCAGACAGAGUCAUGGAGAAGCAAAACAAGCUUGAAAAGAGCCUUGAUCGCCUCCAGAAGUUCUCGCACGACAUGUUCCUGUCUCAUGGCAGCCACCAAGACAAGCUUGAUUCCGCACAGCGCUCUGUAAUGGGCAUUUUGGGCGCCUUGCAAGGCGUUGAGUCUUCUACAAAUCGAAUUCAUAGCAAUUUUUUAAGCGGAACAGGUUGGAGCUGGUGGCCGCACAUUCUUUGCCCUGCAGCAUCACUCUUUCUCGGCUCAUACAGGCUGGCACCAUCCAUUGCGCGGAACCUCUUGCUCCUGGGGCUAGGCGAAGUUGCUGGCUUGACUAUCUCAGCCGCCCAAGUCAUCAGGGUGGACACAUCGAUGCCAUCCAUUCACAAUGCGCUUCCGAAUAUCCUCAAGACCACGUUCAACGACACGGCGCAAAUGUUUCACGAAGCUCAUGACUUAUAG